AUGCAAAUCAGCACCAACACACAGACGCUUGUGUGUGUUCUUCGGUCAGGGAGUACUGUACCAAAGCAACAAGCAAUGGCAGCUCUCCGCGCGCUCGUCGUCGGCAUUGCCAUCGUCGCCGCAGCCGCACAUUAUUGGGUCGCCGGUGGCACGGCGACCAAGGGCCCGGUGACGUACGUGUUCGGCGACUCGAUGUCGGACGUGGGGAACAACAACUACUUCCAGCUCUCCCUCGCCAGGUCCAACUACCCCUGGUACGGCAUCGACUACCCCAACGGCGUCGCCACCGGGAGGUUCACCAACGGCAGAACCAUUGGAGACUACAUGGCGGCCAAGUUUGGCAUCCCGCCCCCGCCGCCGUUCCUCUCCCUGUCGUUGGCCGACGAUGACUUCCUCGCCGGCGUCAACUUCGCGUCUGGUGGCGCCGGCAUUCUGAACGAGACAGGCGUCUACUUUGUCGAGUACUUCUCGUUCGACGAGCAGAUAUCGUGCUUCGAGACUGUCAAGAGGGCCAUGAUCGCCAAGAUCGGCAAGGAGGCCGCCGAGGAGACUGUCAACGCAGCCAUGUUCCAAAUUGGUCUCGGGAGCAACGACUACAUCAACAACUUCCUGCAGCCGUUCAUGGCGGACGGCACGACGUACACGCACGACCAGUUCAUCCGCCUCCUCGUCGCCACUCUAGACCGGCAGCUCAAGAGGCUGUACGGGCUCGGCGCGCGGAAGGUGGCGUUCAACGGGCUGCCCCCGCUGGGCUGCAUCCCGUCGCAGCGCGUCAAGUCGGCCACCGGGGAGUGCAUAGCCCAGGUGAACAGCUACGCCGUGCAGUUCAACGCCGCCGCCAAGAAGCUGCUCGACGGCAUGAACGCCAGGCUGCCCGGCGCGCAGAUGGCGCUCGCCGACUGCUACUCCGUCGUCAAGGAGCUCAUCGACCACCCGCAGAGAAACGGGUUCACGACGUCCGACACGUCGUGCUGCGGCGUGGACACCAAGGUCGGCGGCCUCUGCCUGCCGGACUCGACGCCCUGCCGCGACCGCAAGGCGUACGUGUUCUGGGACGCGUACCACACCUCUGACGCCGCCAACCGGGUCAUCGCCGACCGCCUCUGGGCCGGCAUGACGACCGCCAGCGCUCCGGCUCCGGCCCCUCGCUCCGGCGCGCCCGGACCAGCCGCGGUGCCGGCGCCUUCUCCUCGUCGGGCUUAA